AUGUUGAGCCGCGAGUCUUACCGUGUGGGAUGGAUAUGUCUUUUGGAGGUGGAACAGAUUGCGGCAAUGGAGAUGCUAGACGAUGAGCACCCGCCUCUUCCGCAGCCGAGCGCGGACACAAACGUUUACAAUCUCGGCAGCAUCAACAACCAUAACGUUGUUAUCGCCGGUCUUCCUCGGGCGGGAAAUUACUCCGCAGCCACAGUCGUUACCCAAAUGAGAACGACAUUCCCAAACCUCAAAUACGGCCUACUGGUAGGGAUUGGGGGUGGUGUACCGAUAAAGACAGAUCAUGGGAUGAUCCGUCUAGGACAUGUGGUGAAUAUGGAAGCAUUGCAAUUGAGCCGCCUUCGAACAUUUCGUCGCUUUAAGUUUCCUAGUACCGCGAAUGACUAUCUCUACCCAUCACAUUAUACACAUAAGCAGGACGGUGUAUCAUGUGCAGAUGGUGGCUGUGACCCGAAGCAGCGCAUCGAGCGACCGAAUGACGAGGAAGGUGAACCGUUCAUCAUUGUCCACCGAGGCACAAUAGCGUCUGGAGAGUUAGUGAUCAAGGAUGCCAAGCAGAGGGAUGAUUUGGCGCAGGAGCAUGGGGUGUUAUGCUUCGAAAUGGAGGCAGCGGGAGCCCUUGCAGAUUUGCCAUGUAUGGUAAUUCGAGGUAUCUCCGACUACUGCGACUCGCAUAAGAACGACCAGUGGCAUGGCUACGCAGCGGCGGUAGCAGCCGCUUAUGCACGGCAGUUAUUCUUCCAUAUGGCCAUUGAAGAGGUACAAAGAACUCCAAAUCCAACGCCUACCGCUUUCGAGCUCCCGCUUAAUCUGUCCGAGAUAUCCGAAGUGACCCAUUUCGUUGCACGAGAGGAUCAGCUCAAGAAAAUACAAGAGAUCCUCGGCGCAACUGUGGGACGCUGUACUGCCGUCGUGCAUGGAUUAGGUGGUAUUGGCAAGACGCAAUUAGCGAUUGCAUACAUCAAGCGACAUCGGUCUGAUUAUUCGGCUGAGAUAUGGCCAAAUGCAAGAGAUGAAACAUCGUUGAAGCAAAGCUUUGCUCGCGCAGCUAAGUGGAUUUUACGCCAUCACCCGUCUAUCACAUACAUUGCAGGUGCUUUGGAGAGCCGAGACCUAGAUAAGACGGUGAAAGCGGUAAACCGAUGGUUGAACGAUGCGAGUAACAAUCGCUGGUUGCUCGUCUAUGACAACUAUGAUAAUCUUUUAAUGGGCACCCAUACGGGGAAAUUCUCAACCUAUACUUCCUCCCCUGGGGCAGCUACAUACAGCGGUGACGAUAGAGAUCUUGCAAAGGCUUUUGAUCUUCAGUCAUUCUUGCCCGAGGCCGACCAUGGUGCUAUUGUUGUGACUACACGGUCAUCUAUGGUAAAAAUUGGCCGGACUAUUCACUUGAGAAAGCUAGAGGAUAUCAAUGAUAGUCUCGAAGUUCUAACUUCCGUUUCUGGCCGAAAAGAUUUGAAACAAGACCCCGUAGCUGCUGAUCUUGCAAGGCAGCUCGAUGGACUACCGCUGGCUCUUGCGACUGCCGGCGCAUACUUAGAGCAAACUUCAAUAAGCUGCACUGAGUAUCUUCAGCUAUACCGUGAAUCUUGGCAGCAAUUCCAUAAAGAGACGCCGCAGCUGCCAGCAUACGAUCAAACUCUGCACUCAACAUGGAAUCUCUCAUAUGGCUACAUUCAGCAGCAUAGUCCAACUGCAGCUAUGCUUCUCCGACAAUGGGCCUACUUUUCCAGCGAAGACUUGUGCCACGGGCUCGUGGAAGCUGAUCAGCCUGCUAUGUCAAAGCAUGUGGAGUCACGAGGGAGAGAGGAAAGCGAAUUCUGGCUUAUACAGCGGCGGCUCACAGCACACGCGGACAGAUGUCUGAAGACAAUAAGAAUGAUGGAAAUUGAAGAUAAGGCUCUGGGGACUCUACUUCCUUUGGGCUGGCUCUACAAGGAUCAACGCCGGCUCCAAGAUGCAGAAGCAGUGUAUGAGCGAGCACUAGAAGGCUAUGAGAAAAUCUCACCCGCGAACUCAAUUACAACCCGUAUCCCUGCUUUGGGAGCGGUCGUCAACCUAGGCUGUCUAUGUGAGAAGCAGGGAAAUGUUUUCGACGCCCUGUUGUACUCUCAGCGGGCGCUGGAUAGCACUGACAUCAUUUAUGGAAGGCAAAGCCAGACAUAUGCAAUGCUGUCUAGCCAAAUCAGUUCUCUGCAGCGUGCUAGGUCCGAAAAAAUCGAUAAGCAAGACUUCAUAUUUCAAAAAUGA